CAUACUAUUUACCAAGAUGGCGACGUUCCUUGCAGUUCCCCUGAAACAAACUCAGGAAGUUGAAUUGAUAAAACCUUUAAGAAGUUUCAUCCAAAACACUUUUAGUCAAGUAGAACCAGACGACUACAACCAUGCCCUCAACGAGUUUAGCAAAUUAAGGAAUUUAAUGAUCGCUAAAUCUGUUGACAAGCACGAAUCAGCACUGGAAGUCCUAUACCGGUAUUAUGACCAGCUUUGUGCAAUAGAAAACAAACUCCCAAUAGCCGAAAACCAGAUUCGAGUUAAUUUUAAGUGGAGAAAUGCUUUUGACAAAGAAUCCCUAUUUGGUGGAAAGCAGAUUCUGGGUAUUGCCUCUGGUGCUUAUGAGAAGGUGUGUAUUCUGUUUAACAUUGCUGCCCUCCAGAGUCAGAUAGCAGAGGUUCAGAACCAUGACAGUGAUGAAGGACUUAAAACCUCGGCCAAGUAUUUCCAGAUGGCUGCAGGUAUAUUUGGACAUCUCAAAGACAUUGUCCUCUCACAUGUUCAGCAGGAGCCCACCCCUGACUUGAGUCCAGACACACUCAAUGCUCUGAGUGCACUCAUGGUGGCUCAGGCUCAGGAGGCUAUCUACAGAAAAGCUGCUGCAGAUAAGAUGAAGGAGGCCAUGGUAGCUAAGAUUGCCCACCAGUGCUCCGAGCUCUUCAGUGAUGCCAUGAAGCUGAUGCAGCUGGCUUCCCUCAAAGAUCUGUGGCCAAAGGACUGGCUGCCACUGGUUGCCUGUAAACAAGCAGCGUACCACGGCAUGGCAGAGUUCUAUCAGGGCUCCGUUGCCCAACAACACAAGACAUAUGGAGAACAAAUUGCUCACUUACAGAAAGCCAACGAGCUUCUGACAGCUGCACAGACCAGGGGAGGAGCAGCAUUUGCCUUCAAAAAUGAGCAAGGAAGAAUCCAGAGAGAGCUGCAGGCAGCCAGAAAAGACAAUGACUUUAUUUAUCACGACAAGAUUCCUGACCUGAAGACCUUACCAGCCAUCGGCAAGGCUGCUAUUGCUAAACCGACAGCAUUCCCCACCAAACCUAUGAGUGAAAAGUUUACAGAUCUGUUUGAGAAGCUUGUUCCAAUCCCCGUGUAUGAAGCCUUGAGUGCUUUUGAAAACAGGAAAACACAAAUUGUUAACACUGAGAUUGGUCGGCUACGAGAACAGACACAGCUCAUGAACAGUAUUUUAGCUUCCCUAAACCUGCCUGCAGCUUUGGAGGAUUUGUCUGGUCAGAAAGUUCCCCAGUCAGUGAUAGAGAAAGCCCAGCAGAUUAAAGAUAUAGGGGGAAUUCAGUUCCUUAAUAAACUAAUGAAUGAUUUACCAGAGUUAUUGCAGAGGAAUAGAGAAAUCCUUAAUGAGUGCAUUAAAAUGGUUGAUGAUGAGGCAGCAUCAGACAAACAGCUCCGAGAACAGUUCAAAGAGAGGUGGUCACGUACUCCGUCCGACAAGCUGACGCAGCCAAUGAGAGAUGAGAGUAUGAAGUACAAACAGAUCCUGGACACAGCAAUCAACGCCGAUCGCAUCGUACAGGAAAAAUUCCAGAAGCACAAACAAGCUAUAGACUUACUGUCAAAAUCACCUGGAGAAAUAGAAAAGGCCCUCCCUUCCGGUGGUGGAGCACAUGCCUCAGAGAGCAGUGGGGUGGUGCAGAAACUUCGCAAGUUGAUGGAGGAAGUAGAGACUAUUAAGGCAGAGAGAGAAGUCAUAGAAAAUGAAUUCAAAGAGGCCAAGUUUGAUAUGACAAGCAAGUUUUUCUCUGCAUUAGCAUCAGAUGGUGCAAUAAAUGAAGAAAUGUUAUCAGCAAGUGAAUUAGACCGAAUUUAUGGACCAUUACGACAACAAGUGAAUGAAAGUCUACAAAAGCAGGACUCUGUGAUGUCACAAGUUCAGACAACUAAUAUGGAGUUCUGUCAAGCCAAAGCUUCCGAUCAAAGUGGAGCACAGCGUGAGGCCAUGUUGAAGGAUCUGGCUGCAGGCUUCGAUAUGUUUAUGGAACUGAAGAAUAACUUAGAGGAGGGGACCAAGUUCUACAAUGAUUUGACACCACUACUAGUUCGUCUACAGAACAAGAUAUCUGACUUCUGUUUCGCACGAAAGACGGAGAAGGAUGAGUUGAUGGCUGACCUACAGAAGUCUAUUGCCAACCAGCCCACAGGCCCUGCCCCUCCCCCUCCCAGCUACCAAAACCCUACAGCUACCACUCAAAAUCGAGCCCCACCAGCUCGACCACCACCACCUCAGUUCUCGACUGCUUCCUCGGGCCCACCACCCACGGCCAGUACACCAAGUGGUGCUCCAAGCUCCCAGGCGGGGCCACCGCCAUACUCCAGUGCCCCCUCAGGGGCCCCUCCUGCAGGGGCUUACUCCUACACAGGGGGCCCUGCUCCUCCACAGUAUAUGUCGGGACCAAAAACCAGUUCCCCAACUAGUACUACUAACACAAGUAGCACAACAGGCAGCCAUCCUUCUGCUCCUCCCUCCCAACCCACCUCCCAAAACUACGCAGGAUCAGGUCAGCCAUCAUGGGGUAAUGCCCCAUACCCCCAGGCUGGAGGAGGUUACCAGGGGAUGCCAAUGCCAUCUAUGCCAUCUGGGUUCAAUCCUUACAAUCCCUAUAUGCAGUAUCCUCAGCAACCACAACAGGGAUUCCCCAACCAAGGCUAUCCACAACAGGGAUAUCCCCAACAGUAUCCAGGUCAAGGAUAUCCACAACAACAGCAACAGUAUCCACAACAAGGAUAUCCACAACAACAGUAUCCCCAACAAAACCAGUGGAGAUAAACAAUGUGCUCUAGUUGAUAGAUGUACCAGUACAUCAACUUCUGACUAACAGUAUAUCAAGUGAUAGAGUAGACCAGGAAAGGAUUUUCCUUGAUAAAAUGGUGUUACUGUGCUAUUUGCUGUUAUCUUAAACAUGUGAUAAUUUCUGAUUUAUUUAUAGAUACUUUGACUUGGGUUUAUUUUAAGAAAUGAUUGCUAAGUAAUUUCAGUCCAUUGAAAGGUGUUUAUUUUAGUACUGAUGCAUGUACGAUCUGAUAAAUACAUGUACAUGUAAUCUGCAAAUUUUGAGUUCCGUUGUACAAACAGCAUAAUUUUAGGAAUAUUGACAACACUGUAUCAUUAAAUAAGAUUAACUAUUUAAAGAAUCUGCACAUGCAAUUAUACAUGCAUAUACAUUUUGUAUAAAACAGCUUUGUCAUAUCAGUAUCGGAGAAGUAAGAGUGAUACAAGUUUUAUUGUAUGCAGUAUGGGACACAAGUAUGAAUGGAAUGUGUGGGGAGAAAACUGCGUGGUCUCCUUGAUGAUUUCUGAUAUGUGGAUUAGGCUGGUGUCCCAAUCCUGCCUUCCUUGUCUAUAUAUACAUGUAGAUUUCCUGUGUUAAAGUAUACUUACAUGUAGCAAUGUGAAGGUGAUGUAUUAAGUACUCAUUAGUACUGAUGACAUACAUAGGUAGAUUCCAAAAGAAUUCCACUAUACCAAGAGAUGUAGAUCCAUAGAAUGGGAAAAUCAUUCUUAAGAUAUUUAAAUACAUGUAUAUUCCUUUUAACUAUUGUUCUAAUUUCAGAAUGUUAGGUACAAGAAGAGAACAUAUACAUGCUCAGAAGCUGUAUAUAAUGCUUAAUAUUUCCCUGAUAAUUUGUCCAUUCAUGCAGAUGUACCUGCACAAGAUCACUAUUGAAAUGUUUCCUUUCUCCACUCAUUUUGAUUACAAUCAUAGCAUUUCUCAAUUUUAAUUUUGUUUAUUGAUGUUAAAAUCUUAUCUAAGAAGACUUUCAAUUUUGAGAAUUUUUAUUAUAGGUACCAUAAUUGUUUAUCCUAAAUAACUUUCGGUAAAGUUGAAUGCGAUAUGAUUUAUUGCAACUGAUUUGGGUUAAUUUUGUGUGUAUCAUGAUGAAUUAAUGCUUGUUGUGUCUUUUAUACAUUACAUGUGUAUUUUGGCAAGAUGGCAUAUGAUUUAAUAUGCUUUUCUUUAAGUUUUAAAAUGCUAUACUUUAUUCAAUUAUGAUGCACCACUAAAAGUUUUUUAUUGCUGAACCCACUUGAGAUACAAAUUUUCUGGUAUUGAUUCAACAAAUACAAUAAUCAUAACAGUUUACAUAACAACUUGUUUAUUUUUAUUGAGCAGUUGAUGCAGGAGAAGAAAGCAAAUAAGAAGUAAUCUAUAAAUAGUUUUACUUCUAGUCUACCUGUAUUUGUCUCGCAUGCUUAUAGUGAACAAAUAUUGCAAGUGCAGAGUGUUGAAAAAUAAGAAUUGAAUGUGGAGAAUUAUGGUAAUGGUAUGUUUUAAUUAAUUGUUACAUCACAGUUUGCUGGUAUAAGACAGCUGCUGGUGUCAAAGUAUG